ACUAGUAACCAAUUAUGCUGAUAACAGAAAUGGCACUCGACGUACAAGAUUAUAAUAUGGACGGGGAAGAAGAGUCGCAGACGAGUGAGUGGUACGGAGUACGAGAGGCUACAUUGUUUCUCGUUGAUGCUACGCAGAAGAUGUUUGAGAUAGAACCGGAGACGAAGCUCAGUCACAUCCAAAAGUUUUUCAAGUUGUACAAGCAAAUCCUGAGGCAGAAGCUAGCGUGGAGUAUGCAGGAUUGGAUGGGUGUGGUGUUAUUUGGCACCGAGGGUAACGACACCAACUCGGCGUGGAAGAACAUUCAGACUUUGCACGAACUCAGAGUCGUUACCCUAGACGACUUGCAGCUGGUCAGAAAACUGAUUAAGAGCGGCAUGAAGGGUUACCAGAGCAUAAAAUCCGACGACGCUUAUCCACUUGAUGAUGCACUGACAUACACCAAGGACAUUUUCGGAAAGAUAAAAACUGUCCUCACCAAGCGCAGGAUAGUUCUGAUCACUUGUCACAGUUCUAAACUCCCAGACGACGAGAAACAUCGCAUCCGAUCGAAGGCGGCAUCCUUGAAAGACGUGGAUAUUAAACUGCACGUGAUCGGUUUAGGAAAGGAUUGGACGCACGAUCAGUUCUACAAAGAUUUGGAGAUGCUGUCGAGGAAAACGGACGUGGGUGUCUACAGAAUGACAUCGCUGAUGGACCUAGUGCAACAGAUUAAAGCGCCGUCGAAAAAUAUCGCGCGAUUAUGCUUCCAGAUGUACGAUGGCCUGGAGAUUGAUUUGGUCGUGCGUACUCUGGGCAGAAAGCGUAGAUGCUUGCGAACCAAGCCGCUGAGCAAAGCGACCAAUCAAGUUUUGUCGAGAUCGACGUAUUUCAAGAGCGAGGAUCUCUUCAACGAGGAGAACAGCGACAGCGAGGAACUUGAUUUACCUUUCGUGAUACCGGAGGAAGUUAACUUAGAAAGUAAAGAGUUAAUCGGCGGUACGAAGCUGCGUUUCACACAAACGGAGCUCUACCGGUUAAAGCAUACGCAUCCACCGGGCAUCAAGAUAAUCGGCGUGAGGCCUAUACCCGACGAUCUUUUCAGAUACCACGUUAAACGGAAGUACUUUCUCAGGGCGGAUUACAGUAGCACUCGUAAAGACAAUCUGUUGUUCUUCGGCGCUUUAUUAAAUAAAUGCGCCGCUAAAGGGAAAAUGGUAGUGUGCACUUUUACGCUUCGGAUGAACACUCAGACUAAUCUCUGCUACAUGAUUCCGAAUGCUGACCUGGGUGGCUUUUAUCUAUCGAAAGUAGCGUACCAAGGGAAUAUAGGAGACAAGAGCGAAGCGUUGAUACAUUAUGACACCCAAAAUCGUGUAACCGACGAACAAGUUGCUCUGUGGAAGAAAACGAUUGACCAACUCGACAUGGACUACCAUCCAUAUAAGUUCAAAUCCUAUAAAUUGGAGUGUCAGAUACAAAUAGUGGAGAAGUUAGCUUUGGACAAAGAACCCGGGCCUUCGCCGAUUGACUCCAUCGAGCAAUCAUUUUUGAGAACCUACAAGAAAACAACCGAUUUAACGCCUGAGUUUAAGAACAUGUAUCCUGAUACAAGCAAGUCUGACGGUCCGACAAAAGCAAAAAGGGUUAGAAAAACCAAGGAAACAUAAUUAUUCAACAAUUGUGUGUAAAUGCGUAAUACAGAAUAUAUAAUGUUGCGCGGUAAAAA